UCAGUUUAUUGAUGGAUUAUCAUUAUAAGAAAUGACAUUAUCGUCUGCAAACUUGCAUACUUUUGAUCCUAAUAUACUCUCUUGCAAUCACCAGCUGAAAGAGCUAUGUGUGUUUUGAUCGGGUGGUUAUUGCAUAUACUUUAUUUAGACAACAAAAAAACGCAGCAGAAUCUCUUUGAACAAUCCAUUUUCAGACCUGGACUGUAGUUUUCCUUUUUUACAACCUCAAAACUUGGAUCGGACUCACUACGAACCAACCAGGCAUCUUCUGCCGCCCUCAAUGAGGAGGAAAACCUGGAAUCUGACAUGAUGCUGAGUCUGAGGGCGUUCUCUCCGGAGUCAUGAAGCAGCUGGCGUUCGUCCUCCUGCUGGUCACGCAGUCGUCCUGCAGGUCCCCGGCGAAGACGUGCCAGCCGGGCUGCGACUGCCGCGGGGCGCUGAAGUUCGCCGUCUGCCAGGGCGCCGGCCUCGCCCUGCUGCCCGUCAGAGCGCCGGCCUCCACCGAGCUCCUCGACCUGUCCCACAACCUCAUCUCCGUCGUGCCCCGGCGCGGCUUCGCCGGCACCCGCAAGCUGAGGGUGCUGCUGCUGCAGAGCAACAACAUCAGCCGGGUGGAGGACGGCGGCUUCGCCCAGCUGGAGUUCCUGCAGAAGCUGGACCUGAGCUGGAACCGCGUCGCCGCCCUGGCUGAGGGCUUCUCCCUGGGCCUGGCCUCCCUGCGGGAGCUGCAGCUGUCCCACAACCGGCUCACCAGCCUGGACGCUCGCAGCUUCCUCCACCUGGACGGCCUGCAGAGGCUGAACCUGUCCGACAACGGCGUGCGGACCGUCCAGGCGAGGUCGUUCGCCUCCAUGAGCGGCCUGCGGCAGCUCCACCUGCAGCGCAACCGGCUGACGUCCCUGCGGAGCGGCGCCUUCACCAUGCUGCGCUCCCUGGAGCUCCUGGACCUCUCUGGGAACCGGCUCCAGGAGAUGGAGCCGGCCGUGUUCAGCCCCCUCGCCAGCGUCACCCUGCUCAACCUGGCCGACAACCGCUUCUCCACCGUCUGCUUCAAGACCCUCCUGAGCGUCCGCACCCACGGCACCCACGUCCUGCUGCGGGGAAACCCCUGGAACUGCGACUGCGAGCUGCAGAGGGUGUUCCGGAAGCUGCGCAGCGUCCAGCGCCUCUUCCUGGACGACUACCUCAACCUGACGUGCUCGGAGCCGGCGGUCCUGCGCGCCCACCGGCUGACGGAGGUGGACAGCGAGCUGUGCAUCGCCGAGACGGUGACGGUGCUGGUGAUCACCGUCACCGUGCUGAUCACCGUGCUGGCCGCCAUGCUGAUGGGCGAGAGGAAGAAGAAGAGGAGGAGGAAGGGGCUGCACUGGACGCAGCAGAGGGAGUUCUCCGACGACUCGGACUUCUGAGACGCCGUCGGAUCGUUGCUGGGUGUUCAGACGGUUUUUAAUCGCCUGAAUGUGUUGCUUUAGUCAGACGGCGACUCUCUAAGUUUGUUUUUUUUUUUGGCAUUUUGUUCUGACUACACACCAAAUUACAGGAAAACGACGCAGCGUGAAUUGCGUUUGCACUUCUCUGCU